GCUGUGAGGACAGGGUGUCAGGAAAUGACAGAAAACCUGCUGAAUACGGAACUGAAGCAGCAGCUCAGAGUUUCUUGCUCUGAAGUGGCAGUAGAGAGGGGAGCCCAGUGGACGUGAAGAGCUGGGAGCUUAGAGCAGACACUUGGCUACUGGAGAUGUGGAAGUCUGUAGUAGGGCAUGAUGUAUCUGUUUCUGUGGAGACCCAGGGUGAUGAUUGGGACACAGACCCUGACUUUGUGAAUGACAUCUCUGAAAAGGAGCAACGGUGGGGAGCCAAGACCAUUGAAGGCUCUGGACGUGCAGAACAUAUCAAUAUCCACCAGCUGAGGAACAAAGUGUCAGAGGAGCAUGAUAUUCUCAAGAAGAAGGAGAUGGACUCAGGGCCCAAAGCAUCCCAUGGGUAUGGAGGUCGGUUUGGGGUGGAGAGAGACCGAAUGGACAAGAGUGCUGUGGGCCAUGAAUAUGUUGCUGAGGUGGAGAAGCACUCUUCUCAGACUGAUGCUGCCAGAGGCUUUGGAGGCAAAUAUGGAGUUGAGAAGGACAGGGCAGACAAGUCGGCAGUUGGCUUUGAUUACAAAGGAGAAGUGGAGAAGCAUGCAUCUCAGAAAGAUUACUCUCAUGGCUUUGGAGGCCGUUAUGGGAUAGAGAAGGAUAAACGGGACAAAGCAGCUCUGGGAUAUGACUACAAGGGAGAGACAGAGAAACAUGAGUCCCAGAGAGAUUAUGCCAAGGGCUUUGGUGGUCAGUAUGGAAUCCAGAAGGACCGAGUGGAUAAGAGUGCUGUUGGCUUCAAUGAAAUGGAGGCUCCAACUACAGCUUAUAAAAAGACGACACCCAUAGAGGCUGCUUCUAGUGGUGCUCGUGGGUUGAAGGCGAAAUUUGAGUCCAUGGCUGAGGAGAAGAGGAAGCGGGAGGAAGAAGAAAAGGCACAGCAGAUAGCCAGGCAGCAACAGGAGAGAAAGGCCCUGGUAAAGAUGAGCCAUGAGGCUAAGCGGCCAGUAGACACUGUGGGAGAGCCAGAGGUGCCAGCCCCAUUGCCCAAGAAAAUCUCUUCAGAGGCCUGGCCUCCAGCAGGGACCUGUCCACCAUCACAGCCUGGACCUGUGAGAACCAGUAGGGAACACCCAGUGCCCACCCUGCCCCUGAGGCAGAAUCCCCCAGAUGAUGAGGAGCCCCCAGCCCUGCCUCCCAGGACUCUGGAAGGCCUGCAGCUGGAGGAAGAGCCAGUGUAUGAAGUAGAGCCUGAGCCUGAGCCUGAGCCUGAGCCUGAGCCUGAGCCUGAGCCUCAGCCCAAGUCUGAGCCUGAGCCUGAGACUGAGAAUGACUAUGAGGAUAUUGGAGACAUGGACAGAUGUGAGCAGGAUGGUGAACCAGACGGGGACUAUGAGGAUGUACUCGAACCUGAGAAUCCUUCUUUUGCCUCCACUAUGGCUGAAUCAUCUGGCUACCCAGCUGGGGCUGGAGCAGGGAUCUCAGCGAUAGCCCUGUAUGAUUACCAAGGAGAGGGAAGUGACGAGAUUUCCUUUGAUCCUGAUGACAUCAUCACUGACAUUGAGAUGGUGGAUGAGGGCUGGUGGCGGGGACGUUGCCAUGGCCACUUUGGACUCUUCCCUGCAAAUUAUGUCAAGCUCCUCCAGUAACUGGCUCUCCCUGUCUCCUCUACCGUGACUUCCCAAGUCCAAAGUGUUUCUGCCUUCACCCCCACCCUAUUCUUACUGCAAGUGUAAGUUGCACUGAGUUCUAGAGACGAGUUGCCUGAGAUUCUAGAGAGACUUUCCUCUCCCUCUCCACUAGGGGUUGGGACAGAGACAGCAUGAGGAAGGGGUCUUCUUCCCCUCAGUGUCCUUUCUACCCUAGAAGUGCUCACGGACAUACAUUCAUCUUGUGAUCCUGUCUGCUUCCUCAUGAAUACUCCCUCAAAUACCCCAAGUUCUGCCUUCCUCUGUUUGUGAGCUCUGAGCUUCCUGGUUUGCUUACAUGGAAAGGUAUGUCUAGAUUGUCUGAUUUGCCUGGCUAUACUGUUUGCCCACUUUCCUUUUCUGCAGAGAUUUUUUUUUAACCUUCUGUCUGCUCAAUCUUAAAUCAGAAAUAAAGUGGGACUGUGGUUCAUUUGUAUGCUGAGGUAAAUAGUACUUUUUAUGCAGGCCUCAAUGGCCCUACUCUCAUGGCUCCAAUUCUCCUUCCCUCUCUCAGGUGUAUCCAGAAGACCCCCUCCUGCCAUUGCCCACUGCCCUGCACCCUGUAUAUCAAGGUUAAAUCUUCUCCUUAGAUUGUACUUAAACCCAACACCAAAUAGUUUGGCCUGGAAAAUGGCAGUAAGGUGAGGGGCCAGAGGACCAGGAAGUAUACACAUUAAGGCAGUUCAACUUGCAUUGGCUUUAGCAGUUGUGAGAGGCCAACCACCUUCUUCCUGAGAGUAAUGACUGUGUUCUUUAAGGACAUGAUGAUACUUUCUUUUUUUUAAGUUUACUUAUUUUGAGGGAGAGAGAGAAAGAGCAUGGGAGGGGCAGAGAGAGAAAAGGAGAGAGAGAAAAUCCCAAGCAGGCUCUGCACUAUCAGCACAGAGCCCAAUGCAGGGCUUGAACUCAUGAACCAUGAGCCAAAACCGAGAGUUGGACACUUAACUGACUGAGAACCCAGGCACCCCAGGACAUGGUGAUUCUUUAGUAUAUGUGCUGCUGAAGCAAGCACAGGACAUGAUGAUUCUUGAGGAAGAAACACAAAUUGGGGAAUAGAAAGGAGGAAAAGAGAGAUUUGGUCAGCAAAAAAAAGACUAAAGCUAAAGGAACACAGGCUCCAGUGAGGUAUUAAGAGGAUUUAGGGUCAGAGACAGUGGCCUCUACUAGGGAAAGUCCAGGCUUCCUUGUAGUUGGGUGACUGAAAUCGAUGGCCAUGUAAGAGGGUAGAUAGGGGAAACUCAUGACUGUUCUGUGUGGUCCAGAGCCAAGGCUGAUAGGAAAAGAGAUGAGUACAUUUAAACAGCUAAUGGUGGGCAAAAAGCAAAUCACCAAGCAAAUUAUGGGGAUGAGAAAGAAUGAGAGACCUGGGUAUGGUGGGUUUUUUGUUUGUUUGUUUGUUUGUUUUGUUUUUUUGUUUGUUUUUCCAGCCAUUUUUUUCUGAGACAUUGGGCUCAGCAAGGUCUAAUAGGAGAUCCUAGAUAAAAUCAAAAUAAAAGGGAUUUGGGGGCAAAGAUGAAGAAAGCAGUGGGCCCAAGCAGGAGCUAGGAUUAAUGACUAAGAUCCAUAAUUGUUCUAGGACUCCAUAAAAUUGGCGAGCUCCUCAUGUGUCGAGAGCACUGCAUCCUUCAGGCUUGUUCCUUGGUUCUUCUUCAAGACACACACUCCUUUGUUUCCACAAUGACCUCUGUGCCAGUGAAUCACAGAUCUGUCUCUAGACCUAACUUACAAGAAUCACUCAGUUAGCUUUCCAAAGUGCAAAACAGCUUUUAUUGCCACUUCUAGAGACAGUGGGAUUUCCAGCACACAGAGGUAAGUCACCACAGAUGUACACAAUCUCAUUCUUCAUUUCAGUUUGACUCAAUAUCACAGAUAGAUCAGACUUUCACAGUGGUUUUCCUGUUCCAUCUUCAAGUUCCACCUUGCUUUUCACUUUUCCCUUCAUUAUAAGACAGAAACUUCCUUUCUGCUUCAGUUCUGCAGACUUCACCCUCCAUGUUUGGCUGGUCUCUACUUCAGAUAGAUUAACUCAUCAAGGUAUCUGUUCAUAGAUACCUCCCUGUCCAGACUCCUACUCCUAUUCCUUUUUACUCCCCUCUGCUUCUUCUUCAUCUGAAGCAACGUCCAGCUGUCUUGCCUCUGUCAGAUAAUUCUGCUGCUCAUGCUACUCAACAUACCCUCAUCUCAUGAAUCCAGUCAUUUUUCAGUCCAAUCCACAGCCUCUCUAAAAGGCUUCCUUUUUGCUUCAGCUGACAUCUCACUAUAAAAUGUGCUUGUUUGUGUAGACUGGUGGAUACCUGUAGUACCCUGGAUUCCUGCAACAUAUACAACUAGAUAUCUUAUAAAAUGUGUUUGAUGAUGCUAAUCAAUUUAAUUUUGCUCUGAAGGCAGUAACUGGGAAAAUAAAGAGUAACUGUAAGUGUGCAGCCCACAAAGCCGUAUGGGCAGCCUCCUGGCUGCUCUCCUGGACCCUGAGCUGCCCAGGUGUGAAGGAAAAUCCCUCUGCUCUCCUCCUUUCUCUCCAUUUUUCAUCUAACAGCAGCCCCUGAUUUUUCUCUCCCUUGGUGAAUAGCUACACUUUAUCUCUUUUUCUAGUAAAAGAAGACACCCAGAAUGCACUUUAGGAGCUUUCUUUCUCUAGAUAGGAGGGGACUGGAUUCAAAACACAUGGAGCUGAGACCUGGGGAACUCUUCCUUUUUUUCCACUUUGGUGCUCAGCUGUUUCCAGUUACUCAUCUUCACUGAAUAAAAUCAUAGCUCACACUCUAGCUGUAUUUUUAGAAAAUGGUGCCUUAUAUACAAAUGUGAAAUAUAAACCAAGCAAAAAGGAUUAUGAAAAAUAGAAUUACAUUACCAAAUAGUACCAAGUGGCAUAUUAUAAUGAAAAGAUAAGCAUGCUUCUACUCUGGGACUUGCUUUAACACCUUCUGAGUCUUCUCACUGGUGUCCUCUACUUCAUCUGUACCAGCUCUGAACCAUGUUCAGAGAGAGACCCAGGCAAUAACAAGUAUUCAGAUCGACUAAACUCUUUUUGUUGGCUAAAUUCUUUGUUCUCUGCUUCCGCAUGAUACAUGUCCUCCUUUUCCCUUUUCUCACUUGUUUGAAGACUGCUGGGAAAAUGGCACCAAUUAAGGUAAGAGGGAAAGAAACACAAGAUAAAUAGCUCAACAUGCUGGCUUCUGCUACAUCUGGAGAGAGCUGAACUGAAAGGAUAUAUUUCUUUGCACAUGACCUAAGGACAUAAAGCCACACUGAACAAUCAGCUCCAUCUGGUUCCCAACUUAAAAUCACAUCUAAGACUUAUCUAGUAAAUAAAGAAGAGCUACAUAAAAUCAUAACCAUUGUAGAUACUUAUGUAAGAUUUUGCUGUACUAAAAACUUAUCCUAAGUUACUGCCACUGGUAUGAUAUUGCUUAUGGCGGUUCUCAACCCAGAGAGAUUUUACUCCCAGAGGAUAUUUAGCAAUGUCUGGAGACAUUUUUGGUUGUUACAGAUGUGGGGGUGGAGGGCUACUGGUAUCUAUUGCAUAGGGGCCAAGGCUGCUGCUAAAUAUCUGAUAACACACAGGAUAGUCCCUUACAACAAAGAAUUGUUCAGUUCAAAAUGUCAAUAGUUCUGAGAAACCCUGCUUUAGGGGAUGGCAGUGUCUAUUGUGUAUUUUUAUUUUACUCCUAUUUUCAUGAGUAUUCACUAUUUGUUACCAAAGCCCAAUAGUAUCACCAAUUUCUGACAGACUGGAGUCAUGAACCACAAUAGGUAGGAGCAAUUAUGUUCCUAUGUGUUCUAUGGGAACUACUAUGUUCAGGUGUGUUCCUUCCUAUGAUCCCUCACAGGGUACUCGAAUGGUAUCUAAGACCUGGUGGGCCACAGGAACUGCAGUGGGCCUUGUCUGGACUCUGCCAAUGUGUGGUCUCUCUGGAUUACCCUGUGCAUUCUGGCAUGACACUGAAAUUGGUGUUAAUGUCUUGAGGUCAUCUCAGCUAGCCCAGGAUGGUGCUGGGCUAUACCUCUGCUAUCCCUAAUCCAGACCUAGAAUAUAAUUUUAAGAAGAAAAGAAUCUGGACUCAAGUCGUUUUUAACAUGUUUAAAAGUAGGCGUGUGGCUUUUGGUGCUAAUUUUCUCCAUUAAUACAAUGCCCUUUUGGACUUUUCCUCAUUUUGUAAGGCUGUCCUUCUGUAUGUUGCUAAGAUUUUCCACAACAAACUCUGUGACCUCAUUUCUGCCUCUCAUUCUUUGGCCUGUGUUGUCCUCAAGGCUGCUCUACUCGGUCAAGGUCUCCAUUUCAUUGAGCUAUGCUUGGACUUCCUGGGUUUGCAGGAGUGACUAAAAGAAGACCUAGACUUAACCAUCAAGACAACCCCAGCUCCAGAACCAUCAAACCACGUGCCCUUCAUGAGAGGUGGAACACACCUCUGACCCAAUCCUGCGUUGCUUGCCCCAUAAAUUUGAAAGUGCUCAUCAAUUAAAACAUUCUCCACAAAAACACAGGUCUGUACUGGUUAUGGAAUUUCAGUGCUCUCUCAUCUCCUAAGACUUGGGCUUAUUUUUUAAAUGGCCUCAAGUCACCUAUUUUUUCUCCUCAGACUGAUUUGUUUUAGGAAAAAAAGGGGGUGGGGAGAAGGAAAUAAGUAAUCAGUAUGGCACUUAAUGGCAAGUGUACAAACCACGGCUUAGAAAAUUCUUAGAUCCUGUGCAACUGCUCAGGUUUAGGACAGUGCAUGCUCCAUAUGCCUAGAAAAGCACAUAUGCAGUUUACAGAAGAAAGUCCUCAAAACCACACUCUGUCCUACUUUCAGUAACUCGGAGGGCAAAUCCAAGAACGGUGGCAUCUGAAUCUUUAGCAAGUGUGUCUUCCCCGUGGUCUGGUUCUAAAGGUGGUGACUAAGGUUUCUCGGGGCUGCUCCUGGAGCUGACACAUGCUGGUCAGAAGAACUGGGUCAGUCUUAUGCUCUACAAUGUUGAAAGGACAGGCCUUCAGGUGUUCAGACAUGGAAGCAACUUCAUUAAACUCCCAGCUCUUGACUUUGGAGAAAAGGCUGCUGAAUUGCCAGAUCUGUUAGGAAACAUAGAAGUUCAAAAGUGAAUGCCGGGGCAAUAAUCUCAGGUUAGCUUUAUUUGAAGACUAUAAGAAAAUACCUUUCUGUUCUUCAUGUUCUUAGCUUCCAGAGAAUGUUUAGUGGCUGCUGCAGACAUUUGUUAGUUCCUUCUUCAGCAUCCAAUUCCUAAUCCCCCCUUCCAAUUGAUAAUCUUCCCAGCCAGCCAUGUAAUGUAUGGAAAUGACCACAGCAAUCUGCAUAUUGACACCCACCCACCACCCUCCCACCAGCAACAGUGAUUAGUUCUAGAAUAGACACAUGGUUCAAAUGAGGACAAUUAGUGUCAAUGAGACUCUACCCUAGAACUUUUGCUUGAGAUAUUAAGAAGCAGAUUUUCUUUUUCCUUCUGUACUUGAACUGGGAAACUGCUGUCUUAGCUGCUGGCAGCCAAAAGGGACCACCAAGGGAUAACUGUGUCUUAGAAAGGAGCCACUAGUGAGGAAGUAGAAAUAAGAUAUAGAAAGUAAAAAGGUCAUUGGGGGCAUUUUUGAACUGCUAGAUCAAAUCUUACCUGAAGCCAUUACCUGUGGAUUUGUUUAGUUUUGUGGGCCAAAAUUCCCUUUAUUGUUUAUGCCAUUUUAAGUUGGUGUUGCUUAAAACUAAAAGUAUCCUAACACAGAAACCUCAGGAGAAAUAUAGAUAUCUGGUACACAAACCCCCUUUUGGCCUUUCCACCUAGGAUAUGGUGCAGAGUUACUAGUUUUAAAAUCUAAUAGGGGUACCUGGGUGGCUCAGUUGGUUGAGCAUCUGACUUUGGCUCAGGUUAUGAUCUCAUGGUUUGUGGGUUUGAGCCCUGUGUUGGACUCUCCUGUGCUGACAGCUCAGAGCCUGGAGUCUGCUUCAGAUUCUGUGUCUCCCUCUCUCUGCCCUUCCCCUGCCCAUGCUCUGUCUCUCUCUCUCUCUCAAAAAAAAAAGAAUAAA